AUGGCUCCGUCUAGGAAAUCUAAAAGUGUAAAUAAGAAGUUUUCUUAUGUUAAUGAAGUUGCUUCUAGUAAAGAUGGAGAUACUAGUUCUAAGAGAAGUGGGAAACGGAAAAGGAACUUAUCUGACAUGUUGGGGCCUCAAUGGACCAAGGAAGAGCUUGAGCGUUUCUAUGAAGCAUAUCGUAAGUAUGGAAAAGAUUGGAAGAAGGUUGCUACUAUGAUACACAAUCGAUCCAUGGAAAUGGUUGAGGCACUUUACACUAUGAACAGGGCCUACUUAUCACUUCCUGAGGGCACAGCUUCGGUGGUUGGACUGAUAGCAAUGAUGACUGAUCAUUAUUCUGUUAUGGGAGGAAGUGACAGUGAACAAGAAAGCAAUGAGGGCAUGGGAGUUUCUCUGAAACCUCAGAAGCGUAGCAGGGGAAAACUUCGAGACCAACCUUCUAAAAGUUUAGAAAAGCCGCUUCUAGAUCUAUUGAAAUUUCAUUCAUCUGCAUCAAGUUGCAUGUCAUUGUUAAAGAGACGUUCUGAAAGUAGGCCCCGUGCUGUUGGAAAAAGGACUCCCCGUGUUCCUAUUUCUUUUUCUCAUGACAAAAGCAAAGGGGAAAGGUAUUUUUCACCUAUUCGGCAAGGAAUGAAACUAAAGGCAGAUUCUGUUGAUGAUGAUGUUGCUCAUGAGGUAGCACUAGCAUUGACUGAAGCAUCACAAAGAGGUGGCUCUCCCCAAGUUUCUCGGACACCAAAUAGAAAAGCAGAGACACCAUCACCUGCCAUCAACAGUGAUAGGAUGAAUGCUGAUUCAGAAACUACUAGUGCCAAGAUUCAUGGUAGUGAAGUGGAUGAGGAUGCUUGUGAAUUAAGCUUAGGAAGCACUGAAGCAGAUAAUGCAGAUUAUGCUAGAGAAAAAAACUAUUCAAGGAAUAGAAGUGGGACGGAAGAAGGACAUCAAUUAUGUGAGUUCAAGGGAAAGUUCAAUGCUGAGGUUGCGGAUGCUAAAACUUCUAGAACCUUGAUUAAGGGUUCACGGAAAAGAAGUAAAAAGGUGUUGUUUGAAGUUGAAGACACUUCCUUUGAUGCCCUGCAAACUCUAGCAGAUCUGUCCUUGAUGAUGCCAGAGACUGCUCCUGACACUAAGUCAUCUGUGCAGUUUAAGGAAGACAAAAAUGAAGUUGAGAAGACUAAACUGAAAGGAAAUCAUCCUGUUCCUGGAGCGAAAGGCAAUGCCUCCAAAACAUCUAGGCAUGGAAAAAAAUUUGGUCACGAUGUUCAUGCUAUUCCAGAAGCAAAGGAGGAAACACAUCUGGUCGCAGAUUCCAAAUAUGAAAAUGAUGAUGAUUCUCAGUUGGGUGAAUCUCCAAACAUCGAGAUUUCCAAUGAGGCUAAGAAUCUUCUGAGCAAAGGUAAACGGUCUAAUAAUAUUGGGCAUCCUAAGCAAGGGAAACCUUUGAGACCUCCAGAGCAUGCAUCCUCUAGUUCGGAUAAGGGAAGGGACUUGAACAAUUCAGCUCCAUCUACUAUACAGGUUUCAUCUGUUAACCAGGUCAACCUGCCAACAAAAGUCAGGAGUAAGCGAAAGAUGGAUGCACAGAAACCAGCAAUUAGGAAGGAUAUACAGUCCUCUGAUAAUAUUGUAAAGGGCAAAACUAGUGUGCCAGUCACGUUAUUCCAUGACAGAGCACUCAAUCUGAAGGAAAAGCUUUGUAACUUCCUAAAUUCAUACCUAGCACGGAGAUGGUGUAUCUUUGAAUGGUUCUAUAGUACAAUUGAUUACCCAUGGUUUGCUAAACAGGAGUUUGUGGAGUAUUUGGAUCAUGUAGGAUUAGGUCAUAUUCCUAGAUUAACUCGUGUUGAAUGGGGUGUAAUACGAAGUUCCCUUGGAAAACCGAGGCGAUUCUCCGAGCAAUUUUUAAAAGAAAGGGAGAAGCUUAAUCAAUACCGGGAAUCGGUUAGGAGGCAUUAUGCCGAACUCUGUGCUGGAACUGGUGAAGGACUUCCAACUGAUUUAGCUCGACCUCUAUCGGUUGGACAACGUGUCAUUGCCAUUCAUCCAAAAACUUGGGAGAUUCAUGAUGGAAGUGUGUUAACUGUUGAUUAUGGUAGAUACCGAAUUCAGUUUGACAACCCUGAGCUAGGAGGGAAUUUGUCAUGUCGAUGGAUUAAUGACAGGCUGAGGCUUUGGGAGGAUAUUGAUUUCAAGAAAAAGAUGGAAGAGAUCAAAUUUGCACAAUGUGAUAACCUGGAGAAUGCUAAUAGUCCCUCUCGUACUUCCCCAUCAACUUUCGGUGUUGGCAAUUUGUCACAGCCAGUUAAGGUUGAUCACCAAGUCCUAAUUUGGAACUUAAAAUUGGGCCUACUGAAACUGUUUUAUAGUCAACAAGCAAUGAAUUCACAGCCUUCUGCCCUGUCGCUGGCACAGGCUAGGGAGGCUGAUGUUGAAGCUCUUUCUCAGUUGACUCGUGCUCUUGACAAAAAGUGUAUGUUGCAUAAUUUUAAUACUGAGCAGGUUUCAAAUCGCGGUCGCGGUCGUGUUUUCGGUUAUUCGGAUUUACCGAGGCUGUGGUGUCUGAACUGCGAUGUGAAUGGUGAGGUGUUGGAAAACCAGAAAGGUGGAGACAACUACCUAAAGGAUUCAGAUUCUUUCAAGAAGCAAUAUGCUGCCGUUCUCUUACAGUUAAAUGAAGUCAAUGAACAGGUUUCUUCCGCUUUGUUUUGCUUGAGGCAACGUAAUACAUAUCAAGGGACCUCCUUGGGUAAGUUGCUGAAGCCCUUGGCUAAAAUUGGUGAGCAGGGCUCUCAGUUGAGCUCUUUCGGUCAUGCUAUGCAUCAUGUCCAAGAAUCU